GAUGUAGUGCCAGGCAUAGGAGGAAGCAGAGAAAAAAAAUAAGUUGCUCCUUUAAGAAAGCUGUUGGAUUGGAUCAGAUCUACUACUCGGCACUCUGGUUUUUUACACUGGCUCCUAAUUUGGGAUUUGUUUAGAAUCAAUAGAGGGACUCUGGAACGUUACCUUGAUUGGGAAGGGAUUUGGGAAUUCUGUUUACUUGGAUAUCAAACCAGCAAGAUGUCUGACUCCAAGGUUACUGCUCACUUGGACGGAAUUAUCUCUGACUUUGAAGCUCUAAAGAGGUCGUUUGAGGUGGAAGAUGUGGACACCUCGGCCAAUUCCUCGCCAGGCUCCCGCCGGGUGCCCAGCAAUCCCAACCACCGCCCCGUCAUGUCCCCCACCAGCGUCUACUACCGUGAACUGGGCGCCAGCAAUAACAACAACGGCUCCAUCUCCAAGACCAUCAUAGGAGGGGGAAGCUCCAAGCCUCCUGAACCCAUAUCGCGGGGACGCACGGAGCUCUCCAUCGACAUUUCCUCCAAGCAGGUGGAUCCAACCAGCCCUGGUUCCCUCCGAUUCGGUGCAAAACGACCCGAAGUCCUAGGCCACUCCAAGGCCCCAGAGGUGGGCCACAAACGGGAGGUGACCUUCGCUAAAACACCCCAGGAUGUGGUGAUUCGCGGAGGGGCCCGGACUCCCGAGCCCCCCAGCCAUGCCCGGAGGUUCGAGCCCCCCAAUCUGGGGGACGGCCCGGCCACUAGGACCACACCAGGGAUCAGCGUCACCAAAGCACCCGAGACAACGGGGAAUGGAAAGAACAACCACGAGAACCAUGGUCAUCAUGCACCAGUCCACCACCCGCACCACCCCAACCCCCACCACAACACCAUCGUCACCACCAUCCGCUGCUCCUCGCCCAACCGCACCAAGUCCCCCAACCCUGACAGGUCAGAGGUCAAGCCGAGCCACAGCAACAUGUCCACCCCGCCGCACCCGCAACCCCCUGCCAAGGGAGCGUCACAUGGCGCUGGUGACUUCAGCUACGUGGGCAUCGAUGCCAUCCUGGAGCAGAUGAGGAGGAAGGCCAUGAAACAGGGCUUUGAGCUCAACAUCAUGAUCGUCGGUCAGAGUGGUCUGGGGAAGUCGACCCUGAUGAACACCCUGUUCAAGUCUAAGGUCAGCAGGAAGUCUGUGGUGUCCACCCCCGAGGAGAGGAUCCCCAAGACCAUCGAGAUCAAGUCCAUCAGCCACGACAUCGAAGAGAAAGGCGUGAGGAUGAAACUAACGGUAAUCGACACUCCCGGCUUUGGGGACCACAUCAACAACGAGAACUGCUGGCAGCCAAUCAUGAAGUUCAUCAAUGACCAGUAUGAGCAGUACCUGCAGGAGGAGAUCAACAUCAACAGGAAGAAGAGGAUCCCAGACUCACGGGUUCACUGCUGCAUGUACUUCAUACCACCAACUGGACACUGUCUGAGGCCCCUGGAUGUGGAGUUUAUGAGUCGUCUGAGUAAAGUGGUCAACAUAGUCCCUGUCAUCGCUAAGGCAGACACACUCACCCUGGAGGAGAGGGACUUCUUCAAACAGACGAUCAGGGAAGGACUGCGAGCCAACGGGAUCGACGUCUACCCUCAGGAAGAGUUUGACGAGGAUUCUGAUGACAGGAUGAUCAAUGAUAAGAUCAGGGAGAUGAUCCCAUUUGCUGUGGUGGGGAGCAACCAGGAGUACCAGGUCAAUGGAAAGAGGCUUCUGGGCAGAAAAACUAAGUGGGGAACCAUAGAAGUUGAGAACAUUGCGCACUGUGAGUUCGCCCACCUGCGAGACCUUCUCAUCAGGACCCACAUGCAGAACAUCAAGGACAUCACCAGUAGCAUCCACUACGAGGUGUACCGCGUUCGCAGGCUAAACGAGACCGGCGCCCAGCCCAACGGCCAGCCACCCAACACACUGGUCAACCCACAGCCACAGCAGGCCAACGGGGUGGCAGCACAGCACCAAGUCCUGACCCAUGAGAUGUAGACAUCUGACCAUCUGCACACACACACACACACACACACACACACACACACACCUUUAAUGGCUGGUAACUGUGACACACCACAUGCAAACACACCAAGUGACACACACAUGACUCACACACACCCACCCAUCCUAACUGGCCGAUAUGGACUGUACACACUCCAAAGAGGAUUCCAAUAUCAAGUGUAUAACAAUGUUUUACAUGAUCAACUGCCAAAAGAGUUUCUGUUACCUGGAAGGUCUAGUGUAGCUCGUUGUAGGUCAGAGCUGUUGGGUAAAACCGUACAAUAUGUCCCCUAGGGAGAUGGGAUGCCACUGUAUUCUAACACACAGAAGAAGUGUAUAGACCAGCUAUCUAAGUAUAGCGGAUCAAUUAGCUUAACUAGAAAUAACUGGCCGAAAUGACCUGGUCUACGUUUUGGGUUGUGCUGUAUAGUGUUGUCUAGAUACUGGAGAUAUUAGGAGGUAGGGUUUAGGUUCUUUGUAUAUUUUUGGACACAUCUGCACUGCCCUGAAAGGCAGCAAUGCAGUGUGGAGCAGCUUUGAAAUCCCUUUGUCUUUUUCCAUUGUGUUUUCAUAUGUUUAAGACCUCUUGCCAAACCAUCCUGUCUAUACCAAUAUGCCAAUGUCAUAUGUUGUUAAACGUAUCAUGUUAAUGCAUAAAGUGCAUUUUACAUUUACUGUUGUGUUAUAUUAUUGUAUUGUUUAUUGUCUGGAUGGUGGGGACGCAGGGAACAGACAUCCCUAUGCUCUCAGACCUUUCUCUCAACCAAAUGAAAUGUCCUUUCUGUUUUAAAGAGAAGCAAAUAUAUAGAAUUGAUUUAUAAAUAGGUAUUUAUGCUUGUUAUGUAUUCACUUUUAAUUUGAGUUUGAUAUUCAUAUAGCCUACACACUCCCAUUGUUCUCAGAGAGUAGUUGUGACAGAGAUGGGAAAUCUACAGAGAUUCUCUUUGGUUGUAUUUGCUUGCCCUCAUACUUUGUCCCCUUUUAUUUAUAGGGAAUUGUAUGAAUCUAGAUUUAUAUUCGGUCUUUUUGGACAUGAUGCAGAGUAGGACUACAGGGAGGUUGAAUAUGUUGCCUGUAUACACAGUUUGAAAUCAUAUUUAGUUCCCCUGACAGUUUUGCAUUCUGGGUGUAGUCGACCUAUAACUCCCUUAUCUUCCCUACUAUUCAUCACUCAGCUAAAACUCAUGGACGGAGGUCAAAACCGAGAGUACUAUUCAUUCAGCAAUAUAGCUCGAUAACAUAAAUGACAAAAGUUAAUGCAAUGUUUAUUGUUGUAUAGUUAUUGUGUAACUUGUUAUAGUAUGAUGAGAGUAUGGUUUAUCUUUGAUAUGCUAUGUCAAAGAAAUAAAGAUUGAUAUUUUUAUUGUUUACAA